CAUCACGGCUGCAGAGCUACUGAGAAACGUGCGAAAUGUUAGAGCUGUAGGGGAUUUCAGCCAUGCGAGGGUCCUGCUUCCACUCUGUAUAAAUGACAGAGUGCUGGUCACUCAUCCAGCACUGGACUCCUCUCUCCUCUCCUCAGCUCCGUCUCUCUGGGUGAAAUCUCUUCUGCUAGAAUGAGGACUCUGUCUGCUCUGCUGAUGGUGCUGCUGCUCUGCUCUCUCCAGCAGGUCUGCAGUGGUACUGAAAGUACCAACAUCCCCAAAAACUGCUGCUUUGGGUUUAUAAAAGUAAGGAUCCCCUUGAGGUUUAUUAUAUCCUUCAGCAAGACCAACAGCAACUGCCCUAAAGAAGCUGUUAUCUUUUACACAGUGGCUGGUAAGGAAUGGUGUGCGGAUCCUAAAGCCUCUUGGGUUAAGGACAGCAUAAUGAAGCUAAACUCCUGAAGCUGACCACACUGACCACAUGAAGACUAUUUAAUACAGUAGAGAGUGUG